AUUGAGCAAGUGCGAGAGUGUGUAACUCAAAUGCAAUUUGAGUUAAAACGUAAUAUUUAAAUAAAUAAACGUCAGUGUUGAUCGACAUAUCAAAUAUUUUUACACAGAAUUCCAAUAAAGCCGGCAACAAAAAUAUUCAAUAUUGAAAAAGAUUCCGCCGAGCCGUUUGCGCAUUUAAUCAACAAAAGGCAACAUGACUGAAAACGCUGAUGCUGGAACUGUAAUUAAAAUUCUUGAUGUCGCAUUAAUUUCAUCGCCCAAGGACAAGACAAGGACAGGCAACCGCAUGAAGCUGCUCAACGAUGUACCACCAGCCAAAGGGGCAAAAAAGGCAGCAACAGUGUCGCCGCGUGUCAAGCAAGAGAAACGUGCCAGUAUCAAGAUACUCAACUCAUCAGAUGAAGUGGCGACGACGACGACUCCAAAGGCCGACAAGGGGAAAAACAACAAAACUGUGAGCCCCACGGGCAGUGUAAAGAUUCUGAAUGAGAAGCGCACUGCGUCCUCGACAGCGACGCCUACGACGGAGACCGCCAAGAUUAAGACAUCUCCCAGCAAAAAGAAGAAAAUGGAUCAUUAUGUGCUGCAGGCGAUUAAAAGUGAGAACAGUGGCAGCAACAAAGCCGACAACUGUUCCAGCAGCAUUGUGGUGGAUGAGGAGGAUACCAUUGAUUUUAUACUCGCGGAGAAUGAUGAUAUCGAGCUCGCACCUGGUAAAGCAAACGAUGACGAAUUCGUAGUCUCUGGCGUCGAAGAAGACGAAGAUGAUGAUGACGAUGCAUUGAUUGAAGGUGGCUCAAAUCGCACGUCUGGCAACAACGAGUUGAAAGAGAUGGUGGAGCAUGUGUGCGGCAAGUGCUAUAAGACAUUCCGACGCGUCAAGAGCCUGAAGAAGCAUUUGGAGUUCUGUCGCUAUGAUAGUGGCUAUCAUCUGCGAAAAGCAGACAUGCUUAAGAAUCUGGAGAAGAUCGAGCGCGAUGCAGUGGUCAUGGAGAAAAAAGAUAUUUGCUUCUGUUGCAGCGAGAGCUACGACACCUUUCAUCUUGGCCACAUCAACUGUCCCGAUUGCCCCAAGUCAUUCAAGACUCAAACCAGUUAUGAACGUCACAUUUUCAUCACUCACUCCGAGCUCAACGAUUUCCCGUGUCCCACUUGCAAUGCCAAGUUGCGAAGUGCAGCGCUGUUGAAGCUGCACGAGGAGCAGCACAAGUCUCGAGGCAAGCCGUAUGCCUGCAAGAUCUGUGGCAAGGACUUUACGCGCUCUUACCAUUUAAAGCGGCAUCAGAAGUACUCAUCGUGCUCCGCGAAUGAGAAUGAUACCAUGAGCUGUAAGGUGUGCGAUCGCGUCUUCUAUCGCCUGGACAAUUUGCGUGCGCAUCUUAAGCAGCAUUUGGGUACGCAAGUGGUGAAGAAGCCGGAAUACAUGUGCCAUGUGUGCAAGAACUGCUUCUACAGUCUCUCCACGUUGAACAUUCACAUACGCACGCACACAGGUGAAAAACCCUUUGAUUGCGAUCUGUGUGACAAGAAAUUUUCAGCCUUGGUGGCACUCAAGAAGCAUCGUCGCUAUCACACCGGCGAGAAACCUUACACCUGCACCGUGUGUAGUCAAUCCUUUGCUGUCAAGGAGGUGCUCAAUCGUCACAUGAAACGCCACACUGGCGAGCGUCCACACAAAUGCCCUGAAUGCGGCAAGAGCUUCAUACAGGCCACACAACUGCGUACGCAUUCCAAGACGCAUCUGCGUCCGCAUUCCUGCACCUUGUGCAGCCAAAAGUUCAAAACGGAGAAGCAAUUGGAUCGCCAUGCUAAGGAGCACACACGCGCCAAGCGUGCUACGUUCGCUUGUACCGAGUGCACGCGUAGCUUCCGGACAAGCGCACUGCUUAAAGAGCACAUGGAUGCUGGUGAUCAUUCACCUGUCAAAACAACACGAGUCAAGCGAACAGCCAAGAUGAUCGAGCGCACUGACUGCGCCAUCUGCGACAAGAACUUCGACAGCACUGAAACCCUAAGGAACCACAUACGCAACGUCCACGAAUGCGAUCCCGAUGAUAUCUUUGGUACUGAGCCACCAGCCAAGCGCAAAGCAACAACUAAAAAGACCAUUGUAUUGGACGAUGAGGAGGAUGACGAUGAAGAAGCGGCUCCAGCUAAUACAUCAGCAGGUUCGCUCAUAUCGAGCAAAACCGACGGCAAUGGCGUUGUGGUGCGUGAGUUCCUGGUCGAUGAGGGCGAUGGCAAUGCCCAGACCAUACUGCUCGAGAACGAAGUCUACACCAUUCUGCCCUUGGAGGGAGCCAGCGAGACGCCGGCAGCUGCAGCUGGCAGCGAUGUCAAGCCCAACAAUGCUAAGGAGAAGGCAUCACCGGUUGUGUCGCCAGUGGUGAAGAAGGAGCAGCGCAAGUCCUUGGCUGCUAGUUUGGCAGCUGCUAUUGCCGAUAACAUUGAGGAGCCGUCGAGCGAUGAUGAAUUCACCGGCGAAGUGCUUACCGAAGAGGAUCUGAAGCUCAAAGAGAAUAUCGCCAAGCUGAUCGAUAUGCUGGUCGACCCGCAAACACUCAAGAAAUAUAAUUGGCCAAAUAGCUCCGAGGAGACGGUGCUGUGCAAAGUCAUCGAGAAUUGUGGCCACGAUUUGGCCAAGGGAGGCGAGAACUACGCCGAAUUGGAUUACGGCAGUCGCAUGCGUGAAUAUUGCAAACUGCUAUUCACUGUUGUCAUACACAAUGAUUCGAUCAAAUCGCUGUUGAACAAUUUCCCCAUAGACGAUGUCAUCGAGUAUGUGCUGGGAGAUGAGGAUCAGGAUCAAGACAUGGAGAAGGGCGAUGAAAAGGAAGAGGACGAAAAGUCGGAUUCGGAGCAAACACCAAAUGCUGUUGAACCCGAAGCCGAGACCUAG